AUGAGGGCGCCGCUGAAAGGGUUGUUGUCAGCAAUCGGGCAGAAUUAUGUGGACUUUUUGAUUAAGUAAGGCGCUCAUGUCACCUAAAAUAAUGUUGACUGUAAUGCCCAAGAUGCGAUGCUCCGAUUUGGAUGAAAAGUGACGUGCAUGUUUAACGAGCCUCUAAAUUAAUCCUUGAAACCUUUAGAUCAAAGAUUUUAAAGCUCGGCUAGAAUUUUAACGUUCCUUCAAAACGAAAUUUAAAACGAGAGAGCAUGAAAAACGAAGAGAGACGGACAGAAAAAAAAAAUUUUUUGGCUGUUUCUUUUCAAAUAAAGCAUCAAGUAUUUCUUAUAGGGCUCUAAUCUAAAUUUUGACCAAGUCUCAUCGAAAUCUGAGCAUUACAUUUACCCCCUUCCAAUAUACAAAAUCUAUUUUUUUGCUGUUAAUUCUUCAAAUUCAGCUACCCGAAACUCUUCGUUAUCGCUCCAAUUAUCGUAACUGUCGUUUUAUCGACUGGUAUUUCCAAGUUCCACAUUAUCCGAGGUGUCCAUUUCUUAUAUUCUCCUUCCGAUGCUCCUUGGAUUGACGAAGAAAUGGCUGUAAAAUCACUUUGGGCCCAAAAUGAUGACAAAUUCUAUCCUGGAAAAGAUGUUUUGCUACGUAACGGCAUCUUUUUCAUUAUCAAAGCGAGGGAUGAUGGGAAUGUAUUGAGUGCCGAGAACAGUUUAGAGAUGAUUUCGAUUAUUGAUGCCGUCAAAAAUUUUACCUUCUUGACUAAAAAUGGAGAUGAGUAUCAGUAAGAUUUCACAACAAUAUAAAAUUUGGUUAUUUCAGAUACCAAAAUGUCUGUUUGCACUUUCAAAAUCAAUGCUUUUCGAAUACCCAUAUUCGAAUAUUGGCGCAGAUCUUUGCCGAGAGUGAUGAGGCAAGAGAACAUACCGUAAUCAGGGUUUUAAAAUGAUUUAGAAGCACCUGAAUGUGACCUAUCCCCUGUUCUCGUCCAAAUUCCUCACCGAACCAAUCGAUCUGAGCUCUGUUUUGGGGGGCGUAAAAGUCCAAAAUGGUCAUGUUUCCGAAGCCAAAGUUUGGAUUCUGGCCUAUCAAUUGAGACAGAAGACCGAGGAAUUAAAGAGAUUCUCAUCGUAAGAUUUUUUGGAUUUUUUACAAAAAAAAAUUAGAGAAUUCAUUCACCAGUUGCCGCAAAAGAUCGAUCAACUGAAUUUAACACACCUCAAUGUUUAUCACUUCCAUUCCGAGACAUUUGAUGAUGAACUCGCUCAAAAUGCCCUCAGGAUGCUCCCAAAGUAAGCCAAAAUGUCUUUCUGCACUGUGCAGUCACAAACUUCUCGAUUUGCACAGUGCGGCAAAUAAGUGGAUUGCACUGUGCAAAAUUGUCAUUCCGCAAAAGAAAUAAACGCACCCUACUUUUACUUUAACAGGCUUUGAAAUAUAUGUAUACGUGAAUACAGUAGUGAUGAGAUAACUUUAGAUUUUCAAUCACCUUUACAAUUCUCAUCGUUUUCUCGGUGAUUUGCACCUUCACCUUAUUCGAGACCCCGGAUGGGCUUUAUUUGGAUUGGAUCCGAUCAAAACCUUUGAUGGGAAUAAUCGGGGUCCUCUCAACUCUGAUGGCCAUUACAUCUGCUAUCGGAGUCCUGCUCUGGUUUGACGUUACUUUCGUCGAGAUGUGUUCAGUCAUGCCUUUUCUCAGUUUAAGUAGGUACAAUCAGGCUAAAACACUGUAAUUUUCCCUGUUUUAGCCAUCGGAAUUGAUGAUUCCUUCCUUCUACUCUCUUCCUGGCACAGUACCAACCCCGCAGACAAUGUGAAAACUCGCUUAUCGCAGUGUCUCGGCCAUGCCGCCAGUUCCAUUACAAUUACCUCCAUCACGGACACUCUGGCAUUCCUGAUUGGAUCGAUCGCGCCUCUGCCGGCAGUCAAAUACUUUUGUUAUUACUCCUGCGUGGCUAUUAUAUUCAUCUAUCUCUACACAAUGACUUUGUUUUCGGCUUCUUUGGCCAUCCUUGGAGGCUGGGAAAGAGAGAAAAGAAAUUCCGUUUUUUACGUCAAAACCAAAGAAUACAGUAAAAAAUGUAAGGGAAGUUUGACAAGGAAGAGAUACGACGCUUUGAUUUGGAGAAUUGACAUCAAUUCUUUUAAUUAUUUAUCUAUAAGUGUAUUACAGUAUCCUUAUUUGACCGGACCUUUAACACUGGAAAUGGCGAGAUCCCCCAGAAACAUAAGAAAGUUUGGUAUCAAAUAAUGUUCGGAGAGAAGUUUGGAAGUGUCCUAACAAAGCCUUGGAUUCAAAUACUAGUGCUAAUUUCAUACAUCGUCUACAUUACAUUAACCGCCAUUGGUUUGGAGAGUCUCAAGAUCGGAUUCAAUGUGAGAUUACUCUCCAAAAUACAAUUAACAAUCCCAGGUAACCAACAUUGUCUCGGAAAAUGAAAGUGCGACCAAGUUCUUGGAGCUCCGCCAAAAAUAUUUCGAGACAGACGCCUCCGAAUUCGAUUUAUUGGUCAUGAAUCCUCCAAAUUUGGGAAAUCACACCCAACGGCGUCACUUUUUGAACAUUCUAGAGGAAUUUGAGAGCAACAAAUGCGCCAGAAAUCGAAGUCACACUUCGUUUUGGCUGUUCGAGUAUCAAAAAUAUCUGGAAAAUUUGGGAUUUGAGUCAUUCGACGAUAUUGAUCUGGACAAAGAGGUCAGAAAAAUUGUUGUUAAUAUAUUUAAGAGAAGUUUAGACCUUUGAUCAGGACAUAACUCCCUUCCUGAUGUCGUCGGACAAGUUUUCUUACGAUUACAUACCAAAUAAGGCCUUUCGUUUGACCAUUCAAAUGAAUCCUUUCGAAAAUGAAACUCAGAUCUCGGAAUGCGCCAAAAUUAUUCGGGACGUCUGUAAUAGACAUCCUGAAUACAAACUGACUUCGUUCACCCCAAUCUGGAACCUCGCCGAUCAAUUGGACACUAUGUGGACUCAGACUAUGCAAGAUUUGUACAUAUCUGUUGGUAUGUCAUGGUGCACAUCUCGGUGUAAAUUAUGGAAUGUUUUAGGGGUCAUGGUCGCCAUCUCUCUGUUAUUUAUGCCUGAGGUUAAGUGUGGUCUGGUGAUUGGGACGAGCAUCUUGUCCGUUGGCUUUGGAGUUUUGGGCUUUAUAGAUUUCUGGGAUGUAAAAUUAGAUGCGACUUCGAUGAUAACGAUCGCCAUGAGUGUUGGAUUCAGUGUGGACUUCGCAGCUCACGUUGUCUAUGCAUUUAACGAGCAAGGGGGACAAGUGUAAGUUAAAAAUCAUAUAAACCAUCCUUAAGCUCCCCGGAUAACCGGUUAAAAACUGCGCUGGGGACCGUUGGAUGGCCAAUAUCGCAAGGAACAACGUCCGUCUUUUUCGGGGUUAUCGUCCUCGGAACUAUCAAUAGUUAUAUAGUCCGAACAUGCUUCAAAACCAUAUUUUUAGUGAUCUCUUUUGGUAAGAUUCAAUUAUGUUAUACUAGAUGAUGAUUUAGGUAUAACGCAUGCUCUAAUCUACAUUCCGGUACUUCUCAAUGUAAUCAAUAAGCUCGAAGCUUUUUUAUUCAAUAAAAAGUAA